AUGAAAUAUGGAAGCAGUUUACCCAUGUCUGGUACUGUUAACAAUGGAAAUCAAAACCCAACGUUAUUUUCCUCCUGUGACUUAUCGGUUGAGUGUUUUCAUGUUCAUAUUAAUUCUUUGCAUCGAAAUACGAAUCCAGCAGCUAUAGCUGUCAAGUAUGAGUUACCAUCCUGUUAUCUAGUAAGUAUCUACUUUGAUAUUCAGUGUCAGGAACUUAUCGUGAAAGAUUCACAAACUAAAUUGAAGAUCCUUGAAACUGAAGACAAUGGGAAAGACGUACUUGCAGCUGAUCACUUUCGAGAAUGUGAACAUUUAUGA